AUGCACCAUCUGGCCAGGAGGAAGCGCAGUAAUGUACCUGUUGGAUUGAUUGACAAUGACGGCUGCGAUAUAACAGUUCCAACUGUUCCAGGGAAUGUAGUAACACCAGUGACUGCACUAGACAGUGAUAUAAUACUAGUAACUGUACCAUACAACGAUGUUACACUUGUGACUGCACCAGGGAAUGACGCAACAUUCGUCGGUACACCAGGAAGUGUUAUAACACUCGUGACUGUACCAUACACUGUUGUAACACUUGUAGCUGCACCAGGGAAUGAGAUAACACCUGUGGCUGUUCCAGGCAGCAGUGAUAUAACACUUACGACUGUACCGUGCAAUGAUGUAACACUUGUGACUGCAUCAGGGAAUGAAGCAACACCUGUCGGUACACCAGGAAGUGUUAUAACACUCGUGACUGUACCAUACACUGUUGUAACACUUGUAGCAGCACCAGGAAAUGAGACAACACCUGUGGCUGUUCCAGGCAGCAGUGACGUUACACCUAUGAAGGUACCAGGCAGUGAUAUAACACUUACGACUGUACCGUGCAAUGAUGUAACACUUGUGACUGCACCAGGGAAUGACGGAACAUCUGUCGGUACACCUGGCAGUGUUAUAACACUCGUGACUGUACCAUACACUGUUGUAACACUUGUAGCUGCACCAGGGAAUGAGAUAACACCUGUGGCUGUUCCAGGCAGCAGUGAUAUAACACUUACGACUGUACCGUGCAAUGAUGUAACACUUGUGACUGCAUCAGGGAAUGAAGCAACAUCUGUCGGUACACCAGGAAGUGUUAUAACACUCGUGACUGUACCAUACACUGUUGUAACACUUGUAGCAGCACCAGGGAAUGAGAUAACACCUGUGGCUGUUCCAGGCAGCAGUGAUAUAACACUUACAACUGUACCGUGCAAUGAUGUAACACUUGUAACUGCACCAGGGAAUGAAGCAACAUCUGUCGGUACACCAGGAAGUGUUAUAACACUCGUGACUGUACCAUAA